CCUACUCGUGUUGGUGCUCGGGGUAGGUAAGCAUGAAACUGAACACCAAACUACAUAUACUAUGCAAAUCCCAAUACGGAUGGAUGAAACCAGCGGUGCAUUGCAGCGAUUCCCUCCAGAAGAAGAGACACGGUAACGCAAAUGGCGAACGCGGCUGAGAUGACAAGAGUGAAGCUGGGAAGCCAAGGGCUAGAGGUUUCUAGAUUGGGGUAUGGAUGUAUGGGGUUAACUGGGAUGUACAAUAAUCCAGUGACAGAGGAGGAAGGGAUAGCAAUUAUCAAAGAGGCUUUCAAUGCAGGAUUCACAUUUCUUGAUACUGCUGAUGUUUAUGGGGCUAAUCAUUCCAAUGAGUAUUUGGUGGGAAAGGCAUUAAAGCAUUUGCCUAGAGAAAAAGUACAGCUAGCCACAAAGUUUGGGAUGUACAGAUUUGAACCCACUCAGGUUGUCGUGAGAGGUACUCCUGAUUAUGUUCGCUCCUGCUGUGAAGCUAGCUUGCACCGCCUUCAGGUUGACUAUAUUGAUCUUUACUACAUACAUCGUAUUGAUACAACAAUACCUAUUGAGGAAACUAUGGGAGAAAUGAAGAAAUUAGUUGAAGAAGGAAAAAUAAAAUAUGUUGGCUUAUCAGAAGCUCACCCAGACACAAUAAGGAGGGCACAUGCGGUUCAUCCAAUAACUGCUGUGCAACUGGAGUAUUCCCUGUGGACACGAGACAUUGAAGAGGAAAUUGUACCGCUUUGCAGGGAACUUCGAAUUGGGAUUGUUCCAUACGGCCCUGUUGGUCGUGGGCUUUUCGGUGGAAAGGCAGUUGCUGAGAGCUUGCCUGCUAACAGCUCCUUGGUGAAACAUCCCAGGUUUACAGGCGAAAACUUUGAGAAGAACAAGACCAUCUAUUUUCGUUUGGAAGAACUCUCUAAGAAACAAGGAUGCUCACCUGCUCAACUUGCUCUUGCGUGGAUUCUUCAACAGGGGGAUGACUUUGUACCCAUUCCUGGAACUACUAAGAUAAAAAACCUUCACGAGAACAUCGGCUCUGUGAAGAUAAAGCUCACGAAAGAAGAUCUGCAAAACGUUUCUGAUGCUGUGCCUAUCAGUGAAGUGGCAGGCCCGAGAGUGGGAGAGGCUCUACUCAAGUGCUCAUACAAGUAUGCUAUUACUCCUCCAUUGAAUUGAAGUAAUAAGAAGUUUGAAGUGUCUUCUAGCAUUAAAAGGACUAGAAAUGCAUCAAUCUCCUGUUACUUGGAAGUUGGAAAGCCAUGAUUUUGAGAGCAUCAAAGGUUUUCUUGAACUUUCAUUUGUCAACUAGCAAAUGUUUGUCAAUAUGCUUGUUUAUGUGAAACAAGGGUUAACUCUUCAUGACUCCAAAAUUUGUGCUAUCAAGUGAACAUGUUCUAGUUGUUUGUCAAA